UUGUAUGAAUCAAUUCCGACAUCUUGAAAGCUGGUUUUCAAUAAUAAAUAACACAAAUUCGAAAAGACGGCUAUACUAACUAUAAAUCGUUAGGCCAUCAUAACUGGCAAAUAAAAACCUGUUACUUUAAUUUGACCAAAAUAUUUUAAAAUUUGUUCGACUCGAAAUGAUAACACAUAAUUCGGAAAUUUCAGGUAUAAAAAAUGGUUAACAUUUACGGGAAAUCGACUUUGUUAUUACUUUCGCAAGUUUGUAUUAUUAUAUUCCUUGCAUUAACAACUCGUUAUCAUCGAACGGCUUUUCAAAGAGCAGAGGAAAGAGUUCCAACUACUAUAAUACAGUUUGGAUUGGGUGGAACAGCUACAACACUUCAAUUUCAAAUACUAUGUGUUCUUAUGGCUUUAUUACAUCAAGACGAAAUUAAUGAUGUUGGAUGCUACUACGCUAGACAACCUGCACACAAAUAUUGCGUGAUAAAAACUCAUUUUAUAAAAGACACAUUUUUUCAGAUACUUCCAUUAGAUGUGUGGAUAUUCAUGACAUCUAGCAAUCUACUUUCUGAUGAAAAGAAAACAGAACUGGAGUCUCAUAAAGUAAGAAUUAGAAAUAUGAGAAUAAGGAUACCAUGGAUCGUUGACAUAGAAACUACAUCUAAACGUGGUCAUACGAUUGUCUUUGAUUAUCAACCAUUUUUUAGACUUUCAGAUACACAAAUGCAACAUGCAGUGGAAUAUUUACGGUAUUGGGAUAUCAUAAGAUUGUGUUGUGGAAGGCAAAUGUCUGCUGAUUGGAGGAGACGUUUGUCGCCAAAGAUAUCAUAUAUACCCCACCACGAUCCGCAUAGCUAUUCAUAUCCCGCUUGCGAAAUGUACAACAUAACCGAGGUGGAAAUCUUAUUAAUGAAAACGUUUGUUUAUCAAAAGUUUGCUAAUAUUUCUUCACUGCAUGACAUAAUUGGGAAGCCAUCAAAUGUUGAUGGCGAACUCGACGGUACAUACUGUGAACGUUGUAAUAGAAAUACUACUGAAAAAGAUUUGGAAUUCAAUGAAAAUUGUGCAUAAAGUUUUAAUGGUUGAUCAGAUUCUUGAACGCUAUUUCAACACGACAUUUUUUUGUAUGAUACGUGUGAUAAAAGACCAUUUUAUCAUUUCAUUGACAUGAUUCUCAAAAACUACUGGUCUUUUAAGUCAUUCAAGUUACUUGCAUUUUUUAUAAAUAGAUUAAUUACAUUUUUAAUAUCAUGCAUAUAUUUAAGACUUUUUUUAUAAACAGAAUACAGAACCUUCAUGAAAACAUCUUUUAUCUAUUAAAUGCAUGCUAAUCAUAUAGAUAAUCGUCAUCAUCCUUGUCAUUUUCAUCGGUAUCGGCUUCAUUAUAAUCAUAAACAAGCAUCACCAUAUUUAUUAUCACCACCGUGCUCGCCGUUUUCAUCGUUGUGGUUUAUAUAUUUACGAUCGGCAUUAUCAUCAUCAUUUAUAACAUUUAUAUCAUGAAUUUUCUUGUUUUGAAAAUUAAUGACAUUCCAUUUAAUCCGUUAGGUUUUAUAAGUACGAACGGGACAAAUAUGAUAAUAUGAAACUAUAUACAUUCUUCACAGAACAGCUUAUAAAUGUCGUGUUUCGCUUAUCGCUACUGCAUCCCUCAGGGCACUUAUUGUUGAUUAUACCUAAGGAUGUACUACCGAUGUCUUGAAUAUUAUUUUGACCAACUUUAAUCUUUUUGAAUUUAAAAAGUAAAACUUCUAUCAAUUUUUUAGUAAAAAAUCAUGUCGAUAAUUUAAAUUAUCAAGUCAACCUUCUAUUUAAAAAAUGUAUAAAGCAAAGAAAUCUGUUUAUAAAAUAUAUGUCCUCAUAAUGGCGAUAAGUUCUGAUAUUCCGUUUUUUUUAUUUUCAUUAUUUCUCUAAAGACCAAACAGAGUACAUCACGAAUGUUGCUGCACUUAAAUGACCUUCGCCUCAUUUGAAUUCAAUUCAAUUUCGAAUAAGUUUAUUAGGGCUGGGAACGAAUAAGAAAUUUGAUGUUCGAAUAUUCGUUGUCUAUAUUCGAAUAUAUUCGGAUAUUCGUUUUGACAAAAUUUGUUCCAACAUUUCCCUUUAUGUAUUCGUUUUCGAAAUUGAUUGCGUCGAAUACUAUACAACUUUACUAUGCUUGGAAUAAUCGACGAGUAUAAAAACCUUUAUUGCUAUGUCAUAGAUUUUAUUUUAUACAUAUUGUAAAUAGACAUUUUGAAAUAAAUUAAUAGUUUGAUU